AUGCGAGCCAUCAGGGAUCCCAAAAGAAGUUCAGUAAACGAAAACACGUCGGUCCGACCGGCCACCUCCGAAAUUAACGUUCACCCUGGCAACCUAAAACGAACAAAAAGAAAGGAAAGGAGGGGCCGGGAGAAGUGGAGGGGCAGAGCUUUUGAACCCGAGUACAACUGCGCGCCGGUGUACCCAAUUGGGCUGAUUGCCUCCUGCCACACCACCAGCAUGCCUACCAGGGAACACAAAAAGAUAACCAGAACCACGGCCUGGGGGAAAAGGGGCAAAGCCCAGAGGGCCGUGACACAGUAUGGGCCGAGUGAUCUGAAGAUGACAGUGGAACCACAGUGGACUCUUCACAUCUCUGGUACCAACAUAACCCUGUCCUGUUCUGCCCAGUCUGUUCCACCUGCCAUGUAUUACUGGACCCUCAACGGAACCAAGAUCAACCAACACGGCCCAGUUCUUCAUCUCACAGAGAGCAGGCAGAACCAGUCAGGAGAUUACAGCUGCGUCGCCCAAAACAACAUCACCCUGAGAAACGAGACUCAGACCCACACAAUCACAGUCAUCGAUCCUGUGUGUGUCCAUGACCUCGGGGCUAUGGAUGGUGUUCCUGUGGAGAAUAUGAAUUUCUCUCUGAUAUGCCACGUGACGGGGCCUGUGGACUCUAUUCAGUGGAUGAAGAACGGCACAGACCUGUAUCCUGAUGACAGAAUCUCCCUGUCCAAUCACAACAGAACGCUGACCUUCCGACCAGUGACACGCUCUGACGAAGGCGUGUUCCGGUGUGUAGCCAUCAACGCUGUGAGCAAUAGCAGCAGCCCUGACUACACACUCACAGUCAACUAUGGGCCCUGGCAGAUGGUGAUCUCCGGUCCAGAAGCAGCAGAGUCCAACUCCACCGUGACCUUUAACUGUUCUGCCAUCUCCCACCCUCCCAGCACAUACAGCUGGUACUUUAACGGUUACUGGGCGGCCGACGGCCCUGUUUAUGAGACCGAGGGACUGUCGGUGAACAGCAGUGGACAAUACACCUGUGUGGCCCACAAUAACGUCACCAUGGCCAGCCACAAUGCAUCAUGGGAAUUAACAGUCGUCGAGCCAAUCUCUUCAGUGAUGGUGAAGCCCAGUACAGACCUUCCCCUGGAUUCUGAGGAACUGGAUCUGUUCUGUGAUGUAACUGGGCCAUUUAACAGAAUCUCCUGGAUGAAGAACGGGUCUCCACUCAUGCAGAGCUCCGCUGUGUCCAUUUCCCCUGACAACACGAGCGUGUCCUUCUCUUCGCUCCGCACCACCGACGAUGGACAAUACCAGUGUGUGGCAUCCAACGUGGUCAGGGAUUACCACAGUGAGGCCUACAGCCUGCUGGUCCGCUAUGGACCAACAGACCUGGUCAUCACUGUGGAGCUGGGCAAUCCGGUCGUCCUGAGAUGUAAGGCUGAUUCCCAGCCUCAGAGCGUGUACCAAUGGUUCUUCAAUGACACUGAGGCAGGAACCGGCUCCAGGCUGCCGAUGCACAAACUUCCAGUCUUGGGCAGUGCCUACACCUGCGAGGCCAGGAACCCUGACACCAACGUCACUGUCUCCACUUCCUACAUUUUCACUGGUCAGAGUCGCACCCCAACAUUACAGACCACACCCCAACUUCAGAAACCGCAACCCAACAUUACAGACCGCACUCCAAAAUCAUAG